AUGCACGCGAACCAGCCCGAGGGACGCUUGAUCGGGGUCGAGGGCGAGCAAAGGACCGUGGAAGCGUACGAGCUCCUGUGCAAGGAAUAUGGCGUGUUCAUGGUCGAGCUCGAGGAUGCAGCCCUCCUCAUAGCCAGAGACGGGACCGAAAUCGCGAACGCGUUCAAGGCAGGGCACGAGGAUGGCAUCUCCAUGACCGUGGAAGAGUGCGGUUCCAGGUGGGUCCGGCUUUCUGGUCCGAGUGUGGCCCACACCGUGUGGGAAAAGGGCGACCGUGGUCGAUCUCGGACGAUCGAGCGCGCGCGCGCCGUGGAAAAGUUUUCGCCCGCCGAGGCGGCGGGCUUAGCUUUGGAGGCAGAGACGGGGAGAGCUUUCCGCUACGUCAGCCAGAGCCGGUUCGCUGCCUCUUUUGAAGUUGGCUUCGCCGCCGGCAUUCUAGCGCAGAACCUGGGGUCUUUGGACUUGUUUCCGGGGGUUUUGCGGCCCGGGCCCAAGAAAACGCCCAUGGCCCCGGCGCUGGCGCGGCGCCUGGAGUGCCAGCUGCGGUGCGGGGCGCUGGGCAACCCGCAGUGGCAUGACCUAUGCUCCCAGUGCUUUUGCAAGUAUGCGCUGCGCCCAGCCCUCGCGGCAGAGGCCUUGAGCCCAGGCUUAGGCAAGCCCACGGCCUCGGUGCUGGGAGCCGGCUACGAAGGCACGGCUCUCCGCUCGGAUCGCCGAGCUGAGCCGCGGCCUAGCGGCGUACGCGGCGCGACCGGCGCCGAGCGCUUCCUGGCGGCCUGGAGCGCAAUGCAGGCGGAGGGUGUCGUUCCUCAAGGACAAGAAGUGGAC